AACAUUUAUAUAAAACAGGCAUGAGAUUGUUUUAACAUUACCACUAAAGAGUGUUGCACUGAGAAGAAUUGUAGUUAAUCGCAAGGAUGUCAAUUAAUGAUGAAGCCAUUGUCACUCAACCGAAGGAUGAAAAGAAAAGAAAACUGAUAUAUUCACCUGUUGAAGGCAAACGAGAUUGGAGUAGCGACCUGUAUGGGUGUUUUCCUGACUUUUGUUCCUGUUGCAGAGGAUUUUGCUGCAUACCCUGCAUGCUGAGUGAAAUAGCCAGCAGAACGGGGGAGUGGAUCUGCUUUCCAUUUUUUGUACCAGGCGGAGGAAAUGUUUUGAGAACAAGAAUUAGAACCAUGGGAGGCAUUCGGGGUACUGCCUGUGAUGAUUGCGUAAUGAUGUGUUUUUGUGGACCUUGUGCUAUAUGGCAGAUGGAAAGAGAGCUUGACAAAAUGGGUGUGCCUAAAAAAUGAUUGCUACCCAGAUUUAUUUGAAGUUUGAAAACGAUUUCAUUGAAAAGCAAUGACAUUUGAAAAUCUGUACUGUAAGGAAUAACAUAAGAAAUUAAUUAUGCUAUAUUGGGAAAUGAAGGUAUUGUAAAUUUUGUUUUAAACGAAAUAUGCUUUGUGUAUUCAUGAAUAAACGUCUACAAAAGUG